CUCAGAGCUCAGACUUGCCAGCGUUUUAUCAGUUCAAGUUGACCAUGGUGUUGACUUAAUGGCAGCUAUUUUCCCUCAGAUGUUUAGUAAGUAAUUUGUAACAACAGCAGCAGUGUGAGGCGUACAUUAACUAGUUUUCCGGCAGUUGAAAGAUAUGUUUUGUAGCUCAGCAGCUCGGGGCGGAUGUGUCGGACUCCUCCGUUGCUGGACCCUCACAGCCGGUCCCAGGACACUCACGACCCCGCUCCGCCCUCUGCACACUUCACGGUACUUGUCCAUCUCUGUCCCCAUUAAGUCUCCAACAUACGAGGAGGUAAAGCCGCCUCUGAAGCAGUGGUCUCUGACGGUGGACCCCUUCAGCACGGUGCGGGCACAGCUGGCCUGCAGCAUCUCCAUCCGCCCGCUGGACCCGCACGACUUCCCCGAGUCUAACAGAGUCUUCAUCACAGUUCACGGGACAGACACGGAGCAGGAGGUCGGCCAGGAUGACCUACAUGUCCACUAUGAUGAACAGAGCAAAGAGCUGCUCAUCUCAGGGGAGAAGGUUAAGGGCAGUGUGUCGAUUGAUAUGACUGCACCUACUAAAUGUAAUCUCUUCAUUAUGACUCAAGGAAAAGGCAACGUGCAAGUGAAGAACAUGGAAUGUGAUAUCUGCAAGGUGCAGACAGAGAGUGGCAACUGUUUGCUACACUCGGUCAAGAGUCAUCAGGUUGAGGUCCAUUCCAAUGGAGGACAUGUUACAGGUGUGGGCACUAUCUAUGGAAAUGUGGACAUCAGCACAUGUGGAGACAGUGGUGUUGAUGUCAAGAAGCUUCAAGGCACCACAAUGAAUAUUUCAACAGAACAUGGACCUCUGAAGGUCAAAAACAUCUAUGCCGAGUCCAGCUUUGUUUCCUCCUGCUCUGGGAGAGUAGAACUGGGCCAUGUGCACGGUAAGGCCACUGUGAAGAACGUGUCUGGAGAUACAGUAAUUGAUGGUUCGAAUAGUUUCCUUCGGGUUUCCUCUCACAGCGGAGCCAUUGAUGUGUAUGUGGGAGAUGGUGGCAGUGCCGAGCUUCACACUCAGGAAGGAGCGGUGUGUGUGCGUGUCCCCUCCUCGCUGGAAGCUGGUCUAGAGCUCAGUGGAACGUCGGUGGAUAUCAGCCCAGAGGUUGUUCUGCAUGGAGUAGAAAACAAGACAACUGAAGGCCAAACCACUGUUACAGGCUAUAUCAAUGGGGUGUCCCCAGUUGAUCAUUGGGUCAAAGCUCAGGCAGAAAGAAACUCCGUCAGACUGAAGACACAAAGCUGGUUCGAAUCCCUGAAGCUGGGGAGCUGAGUUAUGAACUUUACCCUUACUUAGCAAGCUAUCAAAUGUCUUCUGUAUGGUAUGUAAAUAUAUAUAUAUUAUAAACAUUAUCUGAAACUGUGGCAAAAGCAUUGCAAGUCUGUUUUUCAUUAAAGAGUUCAGUUCAGACACUUCACCUCAAAUGAAAUCAUGGAUACAAAUAAAAAAAUGCAACCCGUUGAA